AUGGCCAGGCCGAUUUCGAUUUUUAAGAUCGCGUUUUUGAGGUCUUUACUGCUGCACUGCUGCACAGUUUAUACGUGGGCGAGACGGUGAGUCGAAGGGUGACCGAUUACAAUGGCGCGCGGUGGAGCUAGCAGCCAGCUUGCAAUUUCACGCUGCGUUGCAUGUCUAAUUUUAUCCGCGAAUGGCAAGUGCGAUACGCGUAAACACGCAAAGUACGUUGAUAGCUGUCACGUAGCAAAUCAGAUAUAAAAGGGUACCCCUGAAACGUUCUUGUUUGUAAGCAACCUCUAGCUUUGUAGAGCAGACUGUCCAUUAAGCCCUACGGCACCAAGGUUGGAAAAGACGAAACAUUAAGUUUCACUGCACUCAGGUACGAUAACAUUCACUAAGUUGGAAAAUUUCUGGAAGGAUUCUAUGUAACAUUUAACAUUUUCUUUUUCUCACUCUUUAUAAUUUACCAAGUUACCCUUUCCAGGUUAUUCUGUCCUUGGCUCCCGCCUUCCGCGGUUGUACAGUUGUACUUUGUACUCUUUGUGUAGCGUUCAAAAGACAUUUCCAUACCGACCUUAUCUUUAGCAAUAAGCCGGCAAUUAUAAUUGUUUCCGUUUUGGCACAUUCAAGCUUAAAAUUAAGAAAUAUUUAACUCCUGAAAAGUUAUUUUACUUUCAAUUCUUGCAAAAGUUGCUGCACAUAAAUUUCUGAGCUGUGGAAAACGCCCUUAUUGAUUCACUACUGAAUCUUUUUAUUUACUUUCCUUAAAAACUGUUCUGAUAAGUUAUCUAAUCCUACAGAAAUUUCGUGAGGUCUUGAAAACCUGUCGAUGGCUCUUUUUAUAUUGAUUUAUGUAUGCUCGAGUUUAGAUAUUCUCACUAGCUCUCAAAAUUUAUCAACUACGCGCAACGAGGCUAUUGAAUCACUGUUUACAUCAAUAACAUAUUUCUUAGUAACCCACAUGCGUCCCGGCCCUCUUCAGUGGAAAAUGUUAGGCAUCUUUAUUUCUUGCUAAAAAAGUCAACAUUUUUAGACAAGUUUCCCCUCUUUACGACACAAUGGAACGAAAACGGCAACUGAUCUUUAGUUCAUCUUAAAAUUCCUUUCAAUUUGUUCUGAUGACAGAACAUUGAGCGAAAGAAACUUAAAGUAAUUGCGGAACUUAAGACCGCCGGCAACAGCCAUUUAAAAUUGCAUAUAAAUUUCAGAUCGCACAUGUAUUUCCGCUGUCCCGUUUUUCGUUCUUACUUUGAAAUGUUUGCCCAGAUACAUGGUUGCAUUUAGUAAUUCAGUUUUGAGCUAGCGAGACUUGUUAUCAUUCUAAAUCAAAAGCUAUUCAAAGUAUUUGACCGCAUUUUAAUUUAGGUGAAUUUUUCAGCCAUAUCUGCAAAUUUUGUCUGCUAGUGACCAUGGUGCAAAUCACUAAUCGUGCCACUCUUGGGCGGAGCAACCAGAUUAUCAGUUAUAAAUUCAAUAAAGACCCUGAACUAUUUUAGAAUAGACAAAAUUAGCGUGGUGUGAAGCUUAAUUUGGUAAGAAGUAUAAUUUGUCAAUUAUCUAAGGCUGCCAUUAUCAAUAUUUUCUUAUCAAUAUCUCAUGAAACUCUCAACUAGCUGUGAGCAUCUUUAAGAAGUACACAUUAAGUUUUCAUGAUUUCCUCUGUUUCAAGUAUUAUUUCCUUUUCCUCUCUGUUUGAUUUCCUCUUCUAAUCAUUGAUUGUUUUUUUACAAACUUCAUGUGCUCUCAUACUGGGCUAAGCUAAAUCGCAUGACAUCUCCUCUUUUUGUUCGUGGGAAGAGGGCGAGCAUUACAUAUCCCUCGAAUUUUAAAGUACUUUCGAUCUAAUUAUCCCAAAGAUAUAGGAAGUGCUUGGAGUGAUGAGUUUUCAAUUUCAUUCUGUAGUUGGAUGUGUCGCUCUUACAAAACCCAGCGAAUAAACUAUCGAAUGUUAAAUUGCGUGGGAUCAGUAAAAAUAAAUUGCAGGGUGUAUUAACAUUAAAGCAUGCUAUAAAAUUGAUCAAAUUUAAGUUAAAUACAGCAUAAAGUACCAAGUGUCUCGUCGAAUUUUCGGAGACUUAUUACGUUUUGGCGUCUAAGGGCCAGUACUGGGUCUUUGCGCGUAAGACUAAUUUUAUCAAUAAUGCUCACACAACCACAAGCAUUCUAUAUGCAAACAUGUCUAGUUUGGCUUUAAAACUAAACAAAGUCUGACACAGCUUUAGAGGUCAAUAGAUGGGAACAAGUCAUUUUAUUCCUGACAAUUCUCAACAGAUAUUGUUUUGGGGUAGCCAGAGAGGCAAACACCGUGGUCCGAAAAAGAUUGCACAGCUCGCUCCUCUUAUCACGAAGACAGUCAAUAUUUCUAAGCCCUUUAACCCCUAUGAACGGUAACAAAGGUUAUAAGAAUCAAGAGAUGAUCGCCAAGACACAAACAUCUUGAUCGAGAAACGUUUUCUCCUCAUCAGUACCAAACAGAUUGUAUGCUGAGCAGUUAGGAGAAUGCACAUGUUGAGCGCAGUAGACUAAGAAAGGAUUUGCAUGUGAUCUACACGAGGACUUUUUGUACUCUGAUGAAAAUAAACAAGCGAUAUGGGUGCUUAGUCUUUAUGAAAAUACUUACCUAGAGACGCUUGAAAAUCUAUUCAACAUGACUGUCACCGUUUUCCUCUGGAUUAAGCUUAGAAACAAAAGAACUGCUUAUGUUAGCUCAAUUUAUAUGUUGGUUUAACCGACGUUUUUUGCCCGAAAUGCAAACAAAAAUAAAAGAAGUUUUUCUCUUGUUAUAAGUAAGGUUGCUCUCAGCUAGGCGUUCGACGCAAAGAGAUGCGAGUCUUAAAGCCUUACUCCACUUUCUGAACGCCGGAGCAGGCUACGCCCGCUUAGCAGUAGUCAAAGGAACGUGCGAAACUUUGGAGUCUUUUGAUAAAACCGGCGCCCUUUGUUACCAUUCAAAUGAAACCUCUUCAGCAGUGUUUCUGCGUGGUUCUCGUGGUUCUCGUGGUUUUCAAUGUUUUCCAAAAUAAAAUUUGGAGGUUUCGUUCUGUUUUUUUUUUUUUGGCCAUUUUUGGAGAGGGGUUUAGCGUACAGACGAGAUUACUCAUGUCUCCUGGCAGGAUUAUCUACAAAUACUCACACGUCUGAGCUCUCGAAAGAAUCACUUAACUUCUUCUUCAUCUGGCAUUCAAUUUAUUUUUUCAAAGAGCUCGAUUUCACAUGUUGCAGGCGUUUAUUUUUAUUUUACUAAUCCAUUUAUCAAUAACGAACGCAACUUACAUAACAACUGACUCAAGAUAAAGCAUCAGAAUGGUCUAAGACAGCCGCGGUCUAACGUGAAAUUAAACAAACAAAAAACAAACAUUCAUUUUAAGCUUAAAACGUUUGCCCUACAAAUUGGCACGAAUUGCUUUUUGAGGCAGUGAAAUUAAAAAUGAGUUAAGUAAUAAAAGAAUAACGCAACAUAUCAGACAACCUCAUUCCGAGGGUUCUCUUAGGCAACGAGCCGAAGCCGAUCUGGAGAGUUGUACAAAGGUUCUCUUUGCUUGCCGCGUGUCACGCUUUGACCACCCUAAUUAUGAUCUGUAUCUUAACUAUCACAUGGUCAAGCUAGUAGAAGUGUGGUUCGAUCUACGCUACAUGAACUGAAAUUUUGACUAAAACAGGAACGAAUGAAGAGAGCAACAACGGGGUAGAAUUUAAGGAAACCAUCUCAUUUAUCUUAAGUAUCUUUUCGAAAUACAAUUACUUAUCAUUUCAGUUGCAAAACAUUGGCGCGUGCCACAAAGUGCAGCUGGAAUUUUUGUCAUGCAACAAUUUUAUCAUUUUGACUGAAGAAAAUCACGGAUUGAAUCUGAAUACCGUGCCUCAUAGGAGAGAUUCGUUCAUAAAAAUAUUGAGAGUCCCUGAAUUCAGAAGGAAGAGGUGGACUCUCUGACCGAGGUUACUUUUGAUUUAGCCGCUGCCCCUAAAUAUAACAUGAAAUCACUUAAAUCGCUCUUCAGAAAUUUUUAGUCUUUCCGGCGGUGCUGAAACUUCCCGUUUGUAUUAUAACCAAACAAAAAAUAACAAAGUUACUCUUAAUCGAGGGACCUGACAUUUACAAGCUGUAAAAUAACAUUGCACUUUUGCGUAACUUCGCCGAAACGUCCCCAGCAAUGGGAGCAAUGAGUGGCGGCUCUUCAUGCAACAGGCCAAAACUGUUCCGAAGCAAAUUCUAGAUGAAAUACUAAUCCUUAACCAGCGCUCCUACGUCUGCUUGCAUGUAGGCUACCUAAUCCCACCCCAAAUAGAUACCCUUUAUCACCAAAAGGUCUAUUGUACGUGUCGGCAAACGCAGGGUUUAAACUUUAUCUCUGACAAUCAUCACACACACUCCGUUAAGCAAUACUCACCAUAGCAGAGUUGCUGAUUUACUGUACUCGAAGGCUAACUUGAGCUAGUGUAGAGUUAAUGACUGAUCUUUUAUAUCCUUUUUUUAACAGGUUUAUCAAGAAUGUUUCUGGAAAUUGCCAUUGUAUGCGCCGUGGUUGGUGCCAUUCUACUCGCAGUCAUCCCAAGACGGGCAAAACUAAACCUACCACCCGGCCCACGUCAUUACCCGCUGAUUGGCAACCUACCUCAAUUGGCGGGAAAGCCUGGUCACGUGGCCAUGACUGAGAUGGCAAAGGAGUAUGGAAAGAUCUACACAAUGUACCUGCCUGGAGGUCAACGUUGCGUGGUGGUCAAUUCUAUUGACCUUGCUAGAGAGGCCCUUCUUACCAAGAGGGAUGACUUCUCGGGGAGGCCCGCAAGUUACAUUUCCGGUUACUUGUCACGUGGUUUCAAGGAUAUCAUCUGCGCGGACUUCACGCAAGGCAUGAUUUACCAACGCAAGAUAGCGCACUCUGCCCUGCGCAUGUACGGAAGUGGCAUGAAGCGCCUGGAGGGGCUGAUAUGCAGUGAAGUGGAACUUCUCGCGAAAAGAAUCUCUUCCUACCAGGGAAGACCUUUCAACCCUAAAGAGGACAUCCAGCUGGCAGUAUUGAAUGUGAUCUGUGCUAUUGUUUACGGUGAGAGCUAUGACAUUGGCGAUGAUGAAUUUCUGAGAAUCCUCAAGUAUAAUGAUGACUUCAUCAGGCUGUUUGGAAGUUACAACAUACUGGACCUGAUCCCUCUGCUGCGCUUUUUACCCCUGGAAGACGUGAAGACACUGCGCGAGUCGAGAGCCAUCAGGGACGACAUCUUGGACACCAAAUACCGCGAACACAAAGUGAGGUUCGAAGAAGACAAUGCUAACAAUAACUUUGAGGUUCAGGACUUGACUGAUGCCCUACUGAAAGCUUAUUACGAGGCAGAACAAGAAGACAGCAAAGUGACACAAUUGUUAUCGGAAGACCACAUUGUGAUGACAAUGAAUGACGUCUUCAACGCAGGCUUGGAAACUUCAGCAACCACCCUCCGUUGGCUUAUGGCCUACAUGGCAACCUACCCAGAGGUUCAAGCGCGCGUCCAUGCAGAGUUGGAUGACGUUAUCGGCAGUGGGCGCAUGCCUUGCUUGAGUGAUCGCGGGAACUUGCCAUAUUUGGAAUCCACCAUAGCGGAAGUGCUCCGCAUCAGAGCAAUCGUGCCACUAUCCCUUCCACACAAGGCCACAUGUGAUACCACUCUGGGUGAUUACGACGUACCGAAAGAGACAAUGUUGAUUACUAACAUCUGGGCGAUCCACCACGACACAGACGAAUGGGAAAAGCCGGACGUAUUUAACCCUGAACGCUUUCUGGAUUCACAGGGGAAAUUCUCAGCAGCUGGAGUUCGCAGUUACUUGCCAUUCAGCGCUGGUCGGCGUGGCUGCUUGGGCGAAUCCCUCGCCAAAACUGAGGUCUUUUUGAUCGCUGCAAGGCUUUUGCACCAGUUUAAAGUUGAAGUUCCAACAGGAAAACCACAUCCAGAUUUAAGUGGCGAGGUGGGCGUAGUUUUAAUGCCCGGACACCAUGAACUGUGCAUCAAAGAGAGAUUGUAAAAAACUGAAAUGAUAAGAAGAACAUCUUUAAAAAUCUCUCAUUAGACUUAGAAAAAAAACAUUAUUUUGAUAUACAUAAGUACUGAACAGCUUUCCAGCUAAUUUGCCUACGUGUCAACUCGCCCAAUGUUAUGUUCAAGUUUCUCAUUCAUCGCGUAUCAUACCAAUCACUCUUGAGCAGCUGUAUAAUAUAUCGAAUUCAUCAUAUUAGUCCGUGUUCAAAGAUACAAGCCGUAUAUCUAAAAUGGGGUACUCUUAUCUAAUAUAAUAGAUGGACCUUUACUUUUAAAGUUUCACUCAUGCCAGGACGAUAUACUUUAUAUUUUUAUUAACACUGCAGGUGAGAUAACUGUAAUUAACCGUUUCACUCCUAAAAUAUACGUUAUGAAAGACGAGAUAUUUUGUCACUCCUUGCUUCUCAAUCAAAUGAAACUUAGGGCCUCAUUGGCAGAAAUUUGGCUUCAGCUGACUGUUUAUCCAGUCUCAGGAUUUUAAAAUAGCUUUUUAAAUUUUAUUUUCCUGUAAGUACGUUUAGGAGUGAAAGGGUAAAAUCCGUGAUGAUUUCUUGAUCUUAUAUAACUCAAUUGGUAUCGAACGGGAAUUGCGGGUUUAUGUGUGUAAGCUCUCCAUUACGAAGGGCUUUUUGAAGGGCGAAGCGAGCUGCGUGAGAACGCGCUCUCGCUCUGGCUCUUUUCGAGUGCCUUCCGCGCGUGACUUCCACGAUAUCCCCUAAAUGGAGAGCUUGCUCGCAGGCCACCGGCGAAGAAGAAUUCUAAGGCUAUUGUUUUAGUAUAAACUAGACUGACAUUACAUAGUUAGCGCAUACAGUUACUUUGUUUCCGACAAAGCGAAAAAAAAAACAUUAAUUCGUGGACUUCAAGGCAAAUCCUCGAAAAGUUCCUAGAAUAAAGGCAGCUAUAAGCAAAUGCUUACCAUUCGAAGUGUGCGAAGAGAUUAAAUUCUUAAAUCUUUUAAUCCUCUAUGAGGAAAAAACUAAGUAAUCACGUUAAGUGAAAAUGUUUAUUUUUGUAAGUAAUACCAGUCAUGGUAGAUUUUUUUUUUUGGAUUAGUCUCAUACUGACACGUAGCUCAAACAACUUUCCUAGAACGGAGCUCAGUGAUUCCCGAUGAUCGACGCGUUCAUUCUUUUUUCUGAUUAAAAAUAUUUUUCCUUUUUUUAACUGAGGGCUUUCUUGAACGAGUAACCUCGGCCGAAAGAAGUCGCUGAGUGAAAGACCUGCCCAACAGGCUAUUGGAAGCAUCAAUCAGAGCAGUCAUAGCCCCAGGGCCGAAAUAGUUGAAAUGUCUUUACAGUCACUUUUUCAUUUCCUCUUUCAUUUUUAACUUUUCACUAUAGAAUAGUUUAAAUGUACGUCACAGAAUAUUAAAAGUCUUCAGGUCACUACUUCGAUCGGAACUAGGGCAAAGCAUUUCAAUUUGUGCCGAGUAAACCAAUUUGCUCUUUUGAAAGUAUCAGUACAUCAUAUUAAAUUUGUUAUUAAUUAUUUAAAAACUAUCAGGCACAGGAUAUAACUUAAAGAAUAUAUAUCAGAAGAUUUUCAACUCGGCGACAAACUAAGCGAUAGAAGCAAGAAAGCAGUUUUGCAAAACCUUUUAGAGUUUCUGGUGACAUGAAAUGAUAGAAUAUCAGAUACGUUAGCGUUUUAAAAUUUUGUAUCUGUCCAGCUGCUGGGAAUUAAAUUAUCAGUUAUUCUGGCUUUAUUCUUCAUGUCUGAGUGCUUGGUUUAUGAUAAAUCGUCUUCGCAGACCCCCCUGGGGGGGGGACACCCUUUGAUGCCUAUACGGGAAGACUCCGUCCGAC